AUGGGAAAGCCAAAGAAGUCUAAGCCGUCGCUUUCGAACAGCUUUGACGAGAAAGUUUCGGAUCUGAUAUACCGAAUGCUUGAUGAAAAGUCGUUGGAAAAGCAGCGGGCGAGCGAAGCCAGAAGAGCUAGUCGAGAAAACGGAAACAUGGAAGAUGCCGUUUCAUCUGAGGAGGAUGACUUUGCCGAUGUGUUUUUGGCUCGAGACUUAGUAUUUGGCGAAGUGAUGGCCUUCAUACAGUCUAAAGACUUGUCUAUGCAGAGAGUGAAGAAGGUUCUUCUUGAGAAGACCGUUGAAAAAGUGCUCAAGCAAGCUGUGGCCGAAGAAGAGGGACAGUUCUCAGCGUAUUUCACCAAGGAGUCUAUAUCGCCAGAGCUUGAAGAUGACAAGCUAAGCAAGCAAAACCUGAUGAUAGCCCAGGACUCAAAUGACAUGAACAAAAGCGUUACGAGUCAGUGGAAUGUGGCUAAGAAUAAAGAUGGAGAACGAGUGGAUGACCAGAAGAAAAGUUCUAAAAAGAGAUCCAAAGAUGGCAGCGCGAAACCGAAGAGACAGAAAACUCAAGAGGACAGAAGCCCACCCAGCAGUGACCUAUCAUCGCUCGGGGGUAUGGACGAUGUGGUAGCGCAACUCAUGGAACUUAUAGGACUUCCUAUUUUACAUCCAGAGAUAUUCGCGUCCACUGGUGUGGAGCCACCACGCGGUGUUUUGUUGCAUGGCCCUCCAGGAUGCGGUAAGACUUCCAUUGCAAACGCUCUUGCAGGUGAGCUGCAGGUUCCAUUUAUAUCGAUAUCUGCUCCUUCUGUUGUGAGUGGUAUGUCAGGUGAAAGUGAGAAGAAAAUCAGAGACUUGUUCGAAGAGGCGAAAAGUUUGGCUCCAUGUCUAGUCUUCUUUGAUGAGAUCGAUGCUAUUACACCUAAAAGGGAUGGUGGAGCUCAAAGAGAGAUGGAGAGAAGAAUAGUUGCACAAUUAUUGACCUCCAUGGACGAACUGUCAUUUGAGAAGACAGGUGGUAAACCAGUGAUCAUAAUCGGUGCGACUAAUAGGCCCGAUUCUCUGGAUGCUGCUCUCAGACGUGCUGGUAGAUUUGACAGAGAGAUUUGCUUGAACGUUCCGAAUGAGUUAUCCAGAUUACAUAUUCUCAAGAAGAUGUCACAAAACCUAAAGAUUGAUGGUGACAUUGAUUUUUUGAAACUUGCCAAACUUACUCCUGGAUUUGUUGGUGCUGACUUGAAAGCUUUGAGUACCGCAGCCGGUACAUGUGCUAUCAAGCGUAUUUUUCAAAAUUAUGCUACUGAAACGCAAGGGUUUCCGAACUCAAUGGAGGUCGACGGAGAGUUCUCUUCUGGCGAUAUUGCAAUGGAGUUAAAAAACACUGCCAACAUGAUUGACCCUCUGCCCUUAUCCACAGUUCAGAAAUUCAUUCAAAACUUCCCGGAGCCGCUUUCCCCAGAACAGCUGGAGUCGCUUUCUAUAAGGUACGAAGAUUUUCUGAAGGCGUUACCAACAAUACAACCAACUGCUAAGAGAGAAGGAUUUGCGACCGUUCCUGAUGUGAGUUGGGCCAAUAUUGGUGCAUUAAACAAAAUAAGAGUUGAAUUGAACAUGGCUAUUGUUCAACCUAUCAAGCGCCCAGAACUGUAUGAAAAGGUUGGUAUAAGUGCCCCGGCCGGGGUGCUUCUAUGGGGUCCACCUGGUUGUGGUAAAACAUUACUCGCCAAAGCAGUGGCCAAUGAAUCGAGAGCCAACUUCAUUUCGAUCAAGGGGCCUGAGUUGCUAAACAAAUACGUGGGUGAGUCUGAAAGAGCGAUACGUCAAGUUUUUACGCGAGCCAGAGCUUCGGUUCCGUGUGUGAUAUUUUUUGAUGAACUGGACGCUCUGGUGCCAAGAAGAGAUGCCUCUUUGUCCGAAUCAUCUUCUAGAGUAGUCAACACUUUACUCACUGAGCUCGACGGACUCAACGACAGACGAGGUAUAUUCGUAAUAGGUGCAACAAAUCGACCAGAUAUGAUCGAUGCCGCAAUGCUGCGGCCUGGUCGACUGGACAAAACGCUGUUUAUCGAGCUUCCAAACUUCGAAGAGAAGCUAGACAUUAUAAAAACCUUGACCAGAACAAAUGGUACUCCGCUAGCGAAUGAAGUUGAUCUAGAAGCUGUAAUUAAAGCGGAAAGCUGCCGAAACUUUUCGGGUGCCGAUUUAGCUGCUCUCGUGAGGGAAAGUUCGGUGUUGGCAUUGAAGAGAAGCUUCUUUAAAACGGAAGAAGUUCACUCCGUUACUGAGAAUAACUUAGAGCAGGAAUUUGGCGAGCUCACUACGGGCUCAGCAGAGGUGGUUGUCAAUAUGAAUGACUUUGUCAAUGCUUUGAAAAAGGUGAAGCCAUCUGUAAGCGAUAAAGAUAGGUUGAAAUACGAUAGGCUCAACAAAAAAAUGGGAUGGGUCGACGAAAUUGACGAGCCCAACUAA